CUCUGCGAGUCUCCCUCCCGAUCCAAAUCCUCCGCCGCGUCGCAUCGCCCCUUCUCUCCCCUGCCGCGUCGCCCACUCCCCCUCUUCCCCCGCCGCACCCUCCCCUCCCCUCCCUUCUCUCCCCCGCCGCCACCUCCUACACUGCCAGCGGCGGGAGCUCGAGGCCCGGGCCGAGAUGGCCGGCCGACGUAGGAGCUCGACCGCGGGUGGAUCCGGAGGCGGGUUGCCGGCAGCGGGAGCUCCACGCGCGUGAUGAGGCGGCCUGCCGGCGCGGGAGAUCGACGCGGGGUGGAGGUGCGGGAGCUCCACGCGGCUGCCCGACACAGGAGUUCGAGGCGGGGCGGAGGCGUCCGUCCUCACGCCCCAUGUUUGAUUGGCAGCGGCAGUGUGUGAGGUCUCCGGCGCGUGGUACGGGCGCCACAUGGACUCCGCCGAGCGCGCGAUACGCGCCCGCCUCUCCCUCGUCGACCUCAUCCUCGAGGUCCGCGUCGCGCGCGUACCCGCCUCCUCUGCGUUCGAGCCUCUCCACCUCCGCAGGCCUGUGGAGCCUGAUGGCCGCCAGGUCUACAUGCUCAACAAGGGCGAUCUGGCUGAGGCGUACGAGAUCAAGAAGUGGAUGGCGUACAUGAAGAAGAAGAGGACCUGCCCGUGCAUUGCGGUCAAUUCGCACAAGAGGGAAAGCACCAAGGAGUUAUUGAGUGUUGUGCGAUCGAGGAUCAAGCAUGGCGAGAGUGAUUGCACGGGAACAGUCCUCCUCAUCGGAAUUCCUAACGUUGGCAAGUCUGCCAUUGUUAACGCAAUGCAUCAUAUUGGGGGAAUUGGGGCAGCAGGGAUCCUUUUGUCUAGAAGCAUGUGAAGGGACCGAAGUGGCUCCAGUUGCUUGUUGGGGGAUUUGAGCAGGUGAACUUACGACCGUGUGCACUGCAGAUAAGUCUCCCCCUUUCCUAUUCACCCCCUUUUUCAUCUAUGUUGGAGUGCAUAUGUAUGCAUGUGAUUGAAUGGAGAAAAUGUAGGCAUGUACUUGGAAGUUGCAACUGUGAUCCACUGCAAUCACUUGUGAUUAUUCUAUUAUUUGUUGUUUUCUGAUAUUCCGUAAGCCUGUAAACAUAGAUUGAUAUCUAACACCCAAAGUAUACCAUGUAAUUGUUAACUAUGUUUCUUUAUUUGUGUUUUGACCUAUCUAAUCUCAAAUUUUUUGUUAUGCCCUCGGUCCAUUAUUAGCAUAUAUAGUUUCACAUGUUGAGAUGUUUUCUGCUCCAAGUGUAGCACAUUAGCAAUAUAGAAACCUGACUUAAAGAAAAUAUGCCCUCUUUUGCAUCUCAAAAUUGUUGAUUCCAAGAUGUGCGGCAUCAAGAAAAUAUGCCCUGUUUCACAUUAGCAAUAUAUGUCGUGCUGAUUAUUUGCUUCUAGUAACUCUUGCAUGCAGACUCUGAAUGUAUGUGUAGAUAAUAUGCUCUCUUUUACAUUAGCAACAGUUUUGUGUUUAUCCUUUGUACAUUGGAGUUCAUUCCUUGUAGUUAAAUAUGACCAUAUAUAAAAUACCAAUUUGCAAGCUUGCAACACCUUUUUAAUGGGUAGAAGUUAAACAUGUUUAAGGAGCUUAUGGUAGGAAGCUAAAUUUUGCAUGUUUUUUCACUUAACUUUAACUUUGUGCAGGUACUGCCUUCGUUAAGGGAGAAGCAUGAUGAGUUUAUGUUGAGGGAGCUAGUGCAAAGGUGGUCAAACCAUAAAGUGAUGGUUCGGUGGCUCUCACGUUUCUUUUAUUAUCUUGAUCGGUACUUCAUCACGAGGUCACUUACUCCACUUAAAGAAGUUGGGCUUGCUUCCGAGAGUUUUAUAUUGUGAUUCAUAGAAACAACAGAGUGUUUGUCAUAGUGUAUGUUAGAAUACAUGUGAAAGUAUUUGUGAUUUAUAUAAUGGAUAAAACCUGUGUAUUUGUGAUUUAUAUAUAGUGGAUUUGUAUGAGUUAAAUAGAUUAGGAUGUAAUGUAUAUAGUGGAUAAAGCAUGUGGAAUUGUGAUGUAAAGAAUGGAUAAAGCAUGUGCAUAUGUGAUGUAUAUAAGAGUAUAUAAUGUCCUUUUUC